AUGUCAAACUGGAACGUAAACGCAAACUCGUUCGUUCCGAACCCAAACGCUCGGCCAUUUGUACCUGGACAGCCAUACACACCACCAACUCCCGAACAGCCAAUCGUGGAACCAGCAGAAGGUAUAUCAUAUUUCCCGCUCAUUUUAUUUAUUGAAAAUUCAGAUUGGGAAGAGCAAGCUGAUCCAUCACCAGUUCCAGCACAACAAGAAACUGUCUCAUCGCCGGUUGAAGAACCUACUCCUGCUGCACCUGUUGCUGAGUCCGCACCACCAAAGAAGGAGCCAACACCAGAAGAAGAUGUAAUUGCACCUCUCGCCAAAAAGUUUCAACGGACUGUCUACGUUGAUGAUGGAUCCCAUAAGGAGCAUAUCAACAUUGUUUUCGUUGGACACGUCGAUGCUGGAAAAUCAACAAUUGGAGGUCAACUUAUGUUCUUGACUGGAAUGGUUGACAAACGGACAUUGGAAAAGUAUGAGAGAGAAGCCAAAGAAAAAGGACGUGAGAGUUGGUAUCUGUCUUGGUGCAUGGACACAAAUGAUGAGGAAAGAGAAAAGGGAAAGACAGUAGAAGUUGGACGUGCUUACUUUGAAACCGAAAAGCGUCAUUUCACUAUUCUUGAUGCACCAGGUCACAAGUCUUUCGUUCCAAAUAUGAUCGCUGGAGCUACUCAAGCAGAUUUGGCCGUUUUGGUGAGAAUUCUAGAGAUGAUGUCAUUCUUUGAAAUCUAUUUUCAGGUUAUCUCUGCUCGCCGAGGAGAGUUCGAAACUGGAUUCGACCGUGGAGGUCAAACUCGUGAGCAUUCUAUGCUUGUGAAAACCGCUGGUGUGAAACAUCUUGUCAUUCUGGUUAACAAAAUGGACGACCCAACCGUUAAAUGGGAGGAGGAGAGAUUCAAAGAAAUCGAAGGAAAGCUCACCCCAUAUCUUAGAAAGCUCGGUUUCAAUCCAAAAACUGAUAUCACAUACAUUCCAUGCUCUGGACUUACUGGUUCAUUCAUCAAGGACAGACCGUCUGCAACAGAAGGAAGUUGGUACACUGGACCAUGCUUCAUUGAAUUUAUUGAUGAGCUGCUUCCAUCAUUCAAGCGCGAUUUUAAUGGACCAGUUCGGUGUAUCGUUUGUGAAAAGUAUUCUGAAAUGGGAACUGUCAUCAUUGGAAAGAUGGAAUCCGGAUGUGUUCAAAAGGGAGAUACUCUUGUUGUCAUGCCAAAUAAGCAACCAGUUCAAGUUCUACAAAUUUGGGCAGAUGAUGUGGAGACUGAUCGUGUCGUCGCUGGCGAUAACAUUAAAUUCAAGCUGAAGGGAAUUGAAGAGAGCGAGUUGCAGGCAGGAUUCAUCAUUUGCUCUCCUGAUUCACUUGCUAAAACAGGACGCAUCUUCGAUGCCGAGGUUCUAGUGCUCGAGCACAAAUCAAUCAUUGCGUCUGGAUACUCGUGUGUACUUCACAUCCAGUCUGCUGUAGAGGAAGUCACAGUGAAGGGAGUCAUUGCCACAAUUGAUAAGAAGACUGGCGAGAAGAAGCGCGCAAAGUUCGUCAAGCAGGACGAAAAAUGUAUCAUGAGGCUAGAAAGCGCUGAAUCAUUCGUUCUCGAGCCUUUCAAGGAGUUCCCAUACCUUGGAAGAUUCACUCUCAGAGAUGAAGGAAAAACCAUCGCCAUCGGAAAGGUUCUCAAAGUUAUUGAGUAA